UGAAAUUGAAGCAGAGACACGAUCUCAGCGCGCGCAUUGUCAGAAGCACAGGCACUUGUAGAGGUAGGUUUUUGCGUUUCUCUAUUUGCUUUUACCGGUUGCUCUCUGCUCCGUGCCGUACUUAAUAUGGUGCUGAGGGGCCGCGUCGUCCGUCCGCCCUACCACGCCAGCCUGGCGUACCGUCGUCGGAUGCGGCGGCGGCGCCGGAGGGAGGAGGUUCCCGACCCGGAGGAGCAGGAGCAGGCCUGGCUGGCUGCGCUCGCGGCGGAGCGGAGCGCGGAGCGGAGGAAGGAGCAGGAGAAAGCGGACUUGAUGCUGUCCAAAGCGUACCAGGAACGCCUGGAGAAGGAGGCGGCAUUCGCCCGGGCGGAGAUCGAGCGGGAGGGUCUUCUGACCGUGCUGGAGGUCACCCCCCCGGAGCGGUUUCUGGACCGCGAGUUCAUGGCGGAAUGCAUUCAGAAAAGCAGCCAGGUGUACUGGAAGUUUCUUCCCGAGGAGCUGAAGCGACCACCUGGGAUCGGGGACGCUGCCGAAUUAAAAAACUUUGACCCGGAGGCGGACCGGGAGGGGGACCAGGACGUCAAGUUUGCGGUGCUCGCCUUGGACCAGUUGCUCUCCAAUGAAGUCGACCAGGUUUCCAACAAGCGGGAAAUUGCCCGCCUUGUGCAUGCGAUGCCCGACGAGUGCCUGCGGAUUGACGCGAUCCGCAGCAAGCUGCGCGCCCUGGCGGAGGCCAAAAAAGAUGUUCCGACGCAGUGGGUUGAGGACCGGCUGGAAUUGCUCGAAAAGCCGCCAGAACAGUCGGAAGGCGCGCUCCAGGAGUGCGCUGCCUACUUCAAGAAGUUCGGGGCCUGCGACGCUCUCGCGUUUUGCUCGAGCGAGUUGAAGAGUGACAAGGAGUCCCUGCGAAAGCUGCUGCAGAUGACGGCCGUAGAUCCGAACGACCCCGCGGCCGCUGUGCCGGACGAGAAGAGCGGGAAUUUUUUGGAGUUUGCGCGCGACGGCCCGCGAGCCGACUUCGAGCUGUGCAAGGUCGCGGUGAGUUCGGAUCCGUCAGCAGAGCCCUUCGCGUUCGCGGCCGAUGCGCUGCAGCUGAGCAAGGAGUUCAUUUUACAUGCGGUGCGACGGAUCGAUGACGGCUGGGCCGAAAAUCACUGGAAUUUGAUCGAGCUGGCAGAAUCCGCGGACGGUCGCGCGGACAGCUGUUCGAGAACGAGAGAGUGUGGCUGGCUGAAGGAGAACGUGAUCGAGAACGUCCUGGACGUAGCCGCGGAACAGGCACAAGACGGCGUUGCGAGGCAAGCUGUAUUGCAAGAUGACGACGUGCAGAAGGCCAUGCUCGCAAUCUACUACCCCUCACCUUCGAAGACGCCCGCCUGCUGUCUCGAGUGGCAAGCAAAAAACGCAAGCACUUACGAGGCACUCAAGCAGAAUUUCGAACAGCGGCUCGAACAAGUUGUGGCGGAACGCAAAGCGCGACAGGACGCACACAAUAUUGCGGUCCGUGCGAACGGAAGAGCUGGGCCGUGCUGUGGUUUAAUGUAACUUAAUGUAAAAAUGGGCUUCGGCAUCUAGUUUGCCUUUGCUUGAUCUCUCAGGAAAGGUACGAAUCCAGUCAUACAGGCCGAAUAAGUACUUGCACACGCAUGGCAAACAUGCCUGCAUGUUUUUUUCCAAGAAAAAUCUUGUCGGUGAAGUUAGCUUUUUUCUUUAAUUUCCUCUGAAAAGAUAUCAAAGUCAGGAGGC